AUGGUAAAGCUGAGCAAAGAGGCCAAGCGGAGGCUGCAGCAGCUUUUCAAGGGAGGCCAGUUUGCCAUCCGCUGGGGCUUUAUUCCUCUCGUGAUUUACCUGGGAUUGAAGAGGGGUGCAGAUCCUGGAAUGCCUGAACCAACUGUUUUGAGCUUACUCUGGGGAUAAAGGAUGAUUUGCUCAUCUGGUUUUGGAAGCAGUCAAUGCAGAGGAACAACAUGGAAG